CAUAUUAUCUUACUUAGUUUUCAACAUUAGAAUAGAAAGUAGAAACUACAAUUACUUCCAUUAAGUGUGUUUCAUGGCCAUAAGUCACCUCUCAUGCACUCAACCUCUAAUCAUUUAAUCUCACUAGCAAUCAAUCUCCUCUAUAUAAACCAAUCACCAAGUUCAUAACUUUCAAUCACAAACAAAAUCCAAGAAAACUAGCAAAAAAAUGGAAAUUAGUAAGUUAGUCUUACUUUCACUUGCAUUGUUUUUAGUUCUAGGCUUUGUGAUGGGAUUUGAUUAUAGCGAGAAAGAGCUUGAAACAGAGGAGAGUUUGUGGGAUUUGUACCGGAGAUGGAGGAGCCACCACCACGUGGCGGAGAUAGGCCGCCAAGAGAAACUCAAGCGGUUCAAUGUGUUCAAGUUCAACCUGCAACAUGUUCACAACACAAACAAGAUGAAAAAACCUUAUAAGUUAAAGUUGAACAAGUUUGCUGACAUGACUAACCAUGAGUUUAGAAGCGUGUAUGCUGGAUCAAAGAUUAGCCAUCACCGGAUGCUGCAAGGAGCGCGUAUUGGAAGUAAGGGUUUCAUGUAUGAAAAUGACGAUAAUGUCCCUGACUCGGUUGAUUGGAGAAAGGAAAAUGCAGUCACCCCUGUCAAGAAUCAAGGCCGAUGUGGAAGUUGCUGGGCAUUUUCAACUGUGGUUGCAGUAGAAGGAAUAAACCAGAUCAAAACCAAGAAACUAGUAUCCUUAUCAGAACAAGAACUUGUGGAUUGUGACACUGGUGAAAACCAUGGAUGUAAUGGAGGACUAAUGGACAUGGCAUUUGAUUACAUUAAAAAGAACGGAGGUCUAACUACUGAAGAUAACUACCCUUACACAGCUGCAGAUGGAAGUUGCAACAAAGCAAAGGUGGGAAAUCAAGUAGUAACGAUUGAUGGACAUGAGGAUGUGCCAGUUAAUGAUGAGGAUUCUCUAAUGAAAGCAGUUGCAAACCAGCCUGUAUCUGUUGCCAUUGAUGCUGGAAGUUCUGAUUUCCAGCUCUAUUCAGAGGGAGUUUUUACCGGAAAGUGUGGAACGGAGUUGAAUCAUGGAGUAGCGGUGGUUGGGUAUGAUACGAGCGACGACGGAACCAAGUACUGGAUAGUGAAGAACUCGUGGGGAGCAGAUUGGGGAGAGAAGGGAUACAUACGGAUGCAACGCGGAAUUUCUGACAAGAAUGGGCUCUGCGGCAUAGCAAUGGAGGCUUCUUAUCCUGUUAAGAACUCUGAUACAAACCCCAAUUCAUCAUCGAUCAGGGAUGAACUCUAGAAGAAAUGAAUAAUUGAAUUCUUAUGUGAUCUCAAUACUAAUUGUAUGGCUAUGAUGGUAUAUGAUUACGAGUUUGAUUUUUAUCAUCAAAUAACUGGGCAUUUGGGCUGGAGUAUAUUUUCUCUUGGAACCAAUUAUUAGAUUACUUUGACUUCGAUCAUAUUACCAUAGGUUAACUAACGAAUCAGGUGGUCUUUCCAAGGUUGAGGUUUCAAGCCUUGGUGUAUGUAAGUGUUAGUUUAGGAGUAGUUAUAUAUUAUAUUUGCCAGUUAAAAAAAAAAACUAACGAAC